CGCGCAGGCGCCGUAGGUCCGCACAUGCGCAGUGCUCCAAGGCGACGGGCGCAGGGUGACCCCGAGUGUAGAGACCCUGCCGCGAUGCUGAGCAGGUUUCUGGGCCCGCGAUACCGGGAACUGGCCAAGAACUGGAUCCCCACGGCCAGCAUGUGGGGUGCUGUGGGUGCCGUGGGGGUGGUAUGGGCCACAGACUGGCGGCUGAUCCUGGACUGGGUACCUUACAUCAAUGGCAAGUUUAAGAAGAAUGAUUAGGCAAACGUCUGCCAUGCACCGUCUCCCUGGUCACAGCCUGCUGCCUCGGAAACGGCUCAUCCCGGUGGAGGAAUGAGGAAGCCUGCAUCAUCCCGGUCGCUCUGAGGUUACGGACACACGGGCUGCCUUAUUGAUGGGUGUAGCAUUAAACCUUGUUCUCACA